AUUCAUUAACCAAUCCAACAGAUUACCUGCCCCAGUUUGUGAUUCAUAUCAUGAACAAUAUUUAUUGGACUAACGCAUGGAUGUAUAAAGGGAACUGGAUACUGCGUCGGAUUCGGAAGCGGAGCACCGUACAUUCCUAAAAAUUGCUCGCUGGCGCAUGAAUCUCAAAAUGUAGCGACUGCUUCAGAAAGUACCCGGAUCAUCCGGGGCAUUUUGCUUAUGGAGCAUGCGCACUUGAGUUUUCCUUAAGCCCCGCCUCCGAUAUCUUGCUCUCGGCUCAGUCAAAUUAAUGGAGAUGAAUUAUUUAAACAAGGGCUAAAUAAGGGUUCGUGAUGGGUCGUUUAUUCGCAAAAAAAUAAGUAUUGUUGUUAGUUGUUAUUGUUGUUAUUGUUGUUAUUGUUGUUAGUCAUUGGGGAAAUGGUCUUAGGGGAAAUGGUUGAACUGACGUCAAGGACGCUGUCACGACAGUUGCACUGUUUGGCAACUUCAAAAAAUCCGCUUCAGAGGCCGUCGCACUUCCUGGGGUUUGUAUUAUGACAAACGAAGUCGUUGCUGCGCAACUUCAGCCGUUGGUGAGCCGCUCGAACACAGCGGAGCCGCGGAGGCGGACGCUGAUUUCUGCGCAUGCCCAGUCUGAAUUUCGGGGAUGGGUCUAUCGAUGGAAUCAAGAUGGCGACUCUGGCGAAAGCGCCAAUAUAUUUACUGAAGUAGAUGUUCAAAAUCAACCGCAGUGGCGUGUUUUCUCAAGCCCCCGAGGGGUUCCGUGAAACAUGAAGACUGAGAACAUGUUUUGGGAGAGGAACUGACCGGGAUUAAUACCGUAACAAAGUCAGCAAGAUGUGUGAGAGCUAUGCCCGCUCGCUGCUGCGUGUUUCGGUGGCGCAGAUCUGCCAGGCUCUGGGCUGGGAUGCGGUUCAGCUCACUGCAUGCGAUCAGCUGUCCGAUGUGCUGCAUCGAUACAUCCAGCAGCUGGCCAAAGUCUGCCACCGGUACUCUGAACUCUAUGGAAGAACAGAUCCUGUUCUGGAUGAUGUCAGCCAGGCCUUCAGACUGCUGGGGGUGAGUCUGAGUGAACUGGAGGACUACGUCCACAACCUGGAGCCUGUGGCCUUCGCCCAACAAACGCCACUCUUUCCUGUCAGCAAAAACAACGUCUUGCAGUUUCCCCAGCCUGGAGCCCGAGAUGCUGAGGAAAGGAAGGAAUACAUUCCAGAUCACAUGCCACCCCUGGUGUCCUUAGAAGAUGAAGAGGAGGAGGAGGAGGUCCUUCCUGACAUGGGCACCUCAGCCGAAGCUAUGCAGGUGGCACUGGAAGAGGACGACGAGGAAAUAGACGAAGAUGAGACGGUCAACGAUGAGAACCACCCACUGAAGAGGCACCGGGACCUGGACAGUCCGGAUGCAGCUUUGGGCAUGAUGCCUACUAAGAGACCCCGCAUGUACCCCGGCCUCAGCCCAGAAUGGGGGGUUGAGCCCAGGGAGCCUCUUACCUCUCUCAACACUCAACGUGUUCCCCCAGGCAUGCUGCCUUCUCAUGAUAGCCUUGACCCCAUGUCUCCUGAAACACCUUCUGGAGCCCUGCCUUCCUUCAGACCUCAGCCAGUAGUACCAAAACACUCUGAUCAAAAGGGCCUCACCACUCCAGGAAGAAAGUCUAAGGUCUCGUCACCUGGCAGACAACGGACUAAGUCCCCAAAAGGGGUCCUUCCUGUUCCGGUGGGAGGUAGUCCCCUCCAUUCACCUAAAACGUCUAAGGAAAGAAAGAAAUCCCCGGGGAGAACGAAGAGUCCUAAAAGCCCCAAGAGCCCAAAGACGGGUUCAGCCAAAGCGCCCCAACCCCAGAGCAAGUCGGAUGUUGUGCACAAGCUCCCGAUGUCUGCGCUGAGCGAGAGGAUGGGCAAGGAGAACAUCCAUAUGCGUCAAAAUAUAGAGGACAGGGAGUUAGAUGAGGUCCCCUUCAAGACACUAGAGCCUGAAAGUGCAGACAUCGAGGACUCCAUCGAUGCUGUGAUUGCAAGAGCGUGUGCUGAGCGGGAGCCGGAUCCUUUUGCUUUCUCCUCGGGCUCUGAUUCGGAUAGCAAUGGAAUCUCCAGUCCAAGGAGGCUGACCAUCAUGGAGCCAACUACGCCUAAACUCCAGAUUGGGAUCUCUGCGAAAGACACAUCAACACCGCUUCACCUACAGGCACACGCAGGACCCGGAAAAUGGACUAUGGAUGAUUCGAUCAAUGAGGUGAUCCGAAAGGUCAACCAGGGGGGUCCUUCUGCACCCCAACAAAGCCAAGGGGAGUACGUCUCGUCGGGAUCAGCUUCACCGCCUACACCUGAACCUUUACUCAAGGUGUUUGAGGAGAAGAACAAGAUGGUGCCAUCAGUAGAUGUGAAGAAAAAGCUGAAAAAGGAGCUCAAGACUAAAAUGAAGAAGAAGGAGAAGGACAAGCCGAAAGACAAAGAUCGGGAAAAGGAUAAGGGCAAGCUGAAAGAGAAGAACAAGGAUAAGAACCGGGAUAAAAACAAGGACUUUUUCAAGGAUGGAAAGAUGCCCUGGAAGGAGUUUGGAAUGAAGGAUGACGAGCACUUCCUUCAGCGAGACUUCACUCUUCCUGAGGGCUCCAUCAAGAUAAAAACCAGAGAUGUAGAUGUCCCUAAGAAGGAGAAGGAGAAACACAAAGACAAAAAGAAGGAUAAAGAAAAGAGUAAAAAGGACAAAGAUAAGAGGGAAAAGGGUAAAGACAGGAACAAGGAGGACCGGCAGAAACAGUCUGCGUUAGCGCCCUUUGCUCUGGGUGAAAUCCCCCAACUGUUCAGCGCCGCUUCCUGCCUGCGCAUCCCCUCUAUGCUCCCUCCUCUGGCCCCGAUCCUCCAGGAUAAGGAGAUAAAGAUCAAGGAGAAGGACAAGAAGAAGGACAAGAAGGAGAAGAAGAAAAAGAAAGACAAGGAGAAGGAUAAGGAGCGAGAGAAGGCCAAAGAAAAGGAGAGAGAGAAAGAGGAGAAGAGGAAAGAAAAGGAGAGGGAAAAAGAAAAGCGGGAAAAGGAGAAGGAGAAGGAAAAAGAGAGAAUUCGGUUGGAGAAGGUGAAAAUAGAGACUCCAGUAGUUCUGCCUUCUCCAGAUCCCAGACUGACGCUCAGGGUGGGAGCAGGCCAGGACAAAAUUGUCAUCAGCAAGGUGGUUCCGAACUCGGAGCCCAGGACGCCAAUACCCAGGACCCCCGCUUCCAAGUCUGGACCAGGGAACCGCCCUCGGACGCCGCCUCCAGUCCUCGCGCCAGUCAUCCCCAUCCUGCCUCCAGCGCCCUCUCCUCUUCCACCAGCUCCUGCCACUUCAUCGCUGCUCUCCGCGGCCCCGAUGCUCUCCCCCGCCGCAUCCUUCAAGACGCCGGUCCGGAGCGUAGUAACAGAGACGGUCAGUACAUACGUGAUACGAGAUGAAUGGGGAAACCAGAUCUGGAUUUGUCCUGGCUGCAACAAAGCUGAUGAUGGCAGUCCCAUGAUAGGAUGUGAUGACUGUGAUGAAUGGUAUCAUUG